AUGUGGAAGAUAGUGUUCUUAGUUAGCAUCGUGGUCGCGACUCCGACCAACCCUGGUGUUGACUUCGCACCUAUCAAUCAAUUCGCCCUCAAACUAUUGGACAAUGUCUACGCGUUCCAGGAAUCAUUCGGUGAGCAGAACGUCGCUAUAUCACCACUGUCCGUAUGGAGCAUAUUCUCCUUAUUAGCCGAAGGAUCCGCUGGCGAAACCUUUCUGGAGUUAAUGAGGGAACUACGAUUGCCAAACGACUUGAGAUCGACUCAGGCGCUGCAUUCAGCUGUCGUCAACCUUUUGAAGUACUCAGAUAAAGAUGUCACCCUCAAAGGACAAUCGGCUAUGUUCUCAGACUUCAACAUCAAGAUACACCAAGAGUUCUGCGACUCAGCUAAUUAUUAUAAGAACGAUGUUUACUCCGUCGAUCCGAAAAACACCACUUUCCUCGCACAAGAUAUAAACUACUACAUCUGUGUCGCAACAGAAGGCAAGAUCCGCAAUGCAGUGCAACCUAAAGAUUUGGAUAAUCUCCGGAUGAUACUGAUAGAUGCUCUAUACUUUAAAGCGAGCUGGACGUAUCCAUUUGAUCCAACACAAACGAAGGAGGAAGCGUUUUAUAAUUCACAAGGAAAGCCAAUAGGUACCGUCAACAUGAUGUACCACAAGGCACCGCAUAACUUUGGAGAUGCCAACUCGAUAGGUGCACAAAUACUUGAAAUGACUUAUGGAAAAACUGAACAGUAUGCCAUGAUGAUACUCCUUCCAUUUGACGGAAUGCCGCUUAAGAGGCUGUUAAAUAAUUUAGCCAACCAACCCCUGGAUUGGAUGACAGAGUUCAAAUCUGGUGGUCUGCCUGAAAUAGAUUGUUUCGUACCAAGGUUUAAAAUAUCCACGCAAGCCGAUUUGAUACCGCCAUUGCAGUAUACCGGGAUACUGAGCAUAUUCGAUGUGGAAAAGGCGCAAUUACCUGGUGUGUCCGAUAGUCCAUUAUUCGUGUCCAAGACUAUACAGAGCGUAGAAUUAGAAGUUACAGAAGAAGGAACCGUGGCGGCGUCUUCAACUGUUGUGGGUCUAGAAGAUCGAAUCCUUAGUCAACGAUUCGAAGCCAACAAAGAGUUCGUUUUCGUCAUCACGGAUCGGUCGUCGGGUCUUAUAUUGUUCUCUGGUGUAUAUGCGGUGCCAGCUCUCGUGUGA